CAGAGUCUCUCACGUUAGCUUGACGGCGGUGCCCAGUGACGAGAUGGCUGUUAGCUAGUCUCGGUAGGACUUCAUAGACAUAUGAGCCAACACGGCACGUCUCUAAAAUGAAAUUGACCAGAAAGCUCGUCCUGGCACGGGCCAAAGCAUCGGACCUUGAAAAUGUAAAAAAACUGAAUUGCUGGGGUUGCAACCUAACAGAUAUCUCAAUAUUCUCAGAAAUACCCAAUAUUGAGGUGUUAACAUUAAGUGCCAAUAAAAUAUCAUCACUGGAACACCUCUCCAACUGUCAGAAUCUGACAGAGCUUUACUUAAGGCGGAAUGACAUCCAGAAUAUCUCAGAGCUGAGCCACCUUAAGAACCUGGCCUGCCUCAAGGUUCUCUGGCUGGCAGAGAAUCCAUGCUGUGAGACAGACCCAGUCAAGUACCGCCUCACUGUUCUCCGAAACCUGCCUUGCCUGCACAAACUGGACAACCAGGUGGUGACGGGGGAAGAGCUUGCACUUGCUUUGGAGAAAGGGGAGGAAAUUCUCAGCCCUCCUGGUCCUGCCUCAGCCAGUUCCACCAAUGGCCACACAGAUGCGGACUCUGAGACAGACCCCCUUAAUUACAGCAUGGAGGAGACCAAUAAUAUCCGCGCGCAGCUGGGGAUGAAGCCGUUGCCUAGAGAUAAAUUUUCAUCCCCACGAGAAGCAGGGGCUACCCCUAAGAAGAGCCACGGUCUGGAGGCCGUGCUGCUACUGCUCAAGGAUCUGGACGUGGAGGAGCUGAAGAUUGUUCAGAGUGCCACAGAGAACAAGAUCAGGGCUCGCUGCAGAGGGAGAAGAUCGCCACUCCGCCGUACUGACCAUAUACUGCCUGAAACAAUGCUAAAUUAACUACCAUUACACAUGUUGACCAGCAACAUAAUGGAAUAGUUAGGACUGAAACAUUGAGAUUUUUUUUUUUUAUUUAUAAAUACAUUUUUUGAGGUUUUUUAUGACCCAUUAAAAAAAGUUGAGACCGACAAAGUCAGCCUACAAGGACACUCACUGGGCCAAGAAGGUGUGUGUGUGUGUGUGUAUGUGUAUAUAUAAGUUCAGAACAUCACCUACAAAGUGCAGGUACUUUAAAAAUAUACAACUAACUUCACAGAAUAAGCAACAAAUGCUCAUUGUUUCAUUUACUCUUUUCUCCCCAUCCUUAAUCACUAGUUCAUGACUAAAGCACCAGUGUUUAAAACUAAAUAAUGGUCUAAGUUGUUACUGUGCCAAGUGAAUUAUGGAAAACAUAUGCUGCAUAAACAGCUAUGUGUAUAGUGCUAUAACAAAACAUUCAAAUGUAAUUUUUUUUAUUUUAUUUUUUUAUUGUUAAACGAUCAUUUGCUUUGCUGAAAAUAUCCUCAAUGUAAAGUGUGGAUUUACUGUCAUAUAUAUUUUUAUAUCUAAA